GUAACAGGUGUGAGUGUCAGCCUCUCUUUAUCUUCACACACACACACACACACACACACACACACUGCGAGAGCUUCGUGUUCAUGUCACUGGUCACUGAUGGUCAGUGAUGUCUCUGCUGGUGUUCUCCGUGCCUCUGCUCCCGGUUGUGGCCGUGAUGACGGCUCUUUUCCGCUCACCGCUGUCGGCCCUGUGCCGUCAGGUGUAUUCUGGCAUACUGAAGCUUUCUCACAGGAAGGUCUGUGUCAGCUCCACUCACGCCUAUGUCUUCUCCAACUGCACCCACGGACAGGCUCAGAGUGUUCUGCUGACCUUUGACCUCUACUCCACCACACACGCCUCCUCCAACAUUGGCCCUCAGAAAGGAGCGUUUCUGGAUGAGAUUGUGACGCGUGAAGCUCCGCUGAGGGUUUUGGAGUUGGGGACACACUGUGGCUACGCUUCCGUCAGGAUUCUGCGUCUGCUCCCUCCGUCUGGAAAACUGCUGACUGUAGAGCUGGAUCCUCUGACAGCAGAUCGAGGGGAGGAGAUCAUACUAGUGGCAGGCUUCAAAAACCAGCAGUUUCAGGUGCUGACAUGCUCCUCGGCUGAGGCCAUCUCUUCUUUACCCUCUCACACUGGGAAUGAUGGUCUGGAUCUGGUUCUAAUGGAUCAUGACCCUGAGCUUUACCUUCAAGACCUGCUGGCCUUACAGAGAGGGAAUCUGCUCUCUACCUCCUGUGUUGUGUUGAUCAACAGAGCUCUGACGCCUGGAGCUCCAGACCUUCUGGAGUACGUGACAGCCAGACCGCAGAGCUUCAGCGUGGGCAGACAACUCCAUGGACUGAUGGAGAUACGCUGCCAUACAGGAAUGAGUCCUCAAACCCACAACUGAGUUCACAUUUCAGCACUUCUGCUUCCAUCGGCCCAAAGUCAGUGGGUUUCUGGUUAAACCCCUGAAAUAAGGUCUGUGGUUAACACAAGUUCAAGAUAUUCUCAUGUUUUAAUCUGUCAAACAGGAAAACUCCACUCAUCCACUCACCAUAAUUAUUAUAUGCUUGUUUAGUUUUAUCUUCUGAUAUGAUCUUCCUAGUCGAGUCUCAGGACUAAAGUGAUGUUAAUUCUGUUCAACUAAUGUUUAUUGCCCUACUGUUGUACUUUAGUUUGAACUUGUUCAAUAUAUAAAUGAAAUGAAUAUAAAUCUACUCACUACUCUUUGUCAAGAAAUUAUAGCUACUAUUAGUAAUUUAAGUGGAAAUUUCAGAACUUAUAAUUGUGAAUAAUUAAAAUAAGGUAUGUCAGAUCUCCAUAUCAUAUGGUGAAUGAUUAGUUGGAGGAAAAAGACUUGGAAAUCAUUGAAGAAACAGUUUUUGAAAAGAAACGCUCCACCUGGAGAAGUGUGCAGACGUUUUCUUUAUCACAGUUUUCUAUGGGAGGAAAACACUUAACGUGUAAUUAAACGUGUUGUUCAUAUUCUGGGCUCAUCUGCUCAUAGAUAUUAUGCUUUAUUAGUAUGAUGUUUACUGAGUUUGUCUUUUAAUAUCACUGUCUCAGUACAUUAAGACACAUUAAGAGUUUUUUCAUGUUAAGUUGUUCCUGAAAGUCUCAUUUCUUCUCGUCCACUGGUUGUUAUUAAGCGAGAACAUUGAUUGCACAAAUUGAACUGUUUUUUCUUCUAAAAAGAUCCAGAAGCUUGAAAAUACUCUUUAAUGUUCAUAUGCUAAUAAUUAUUCAGUUAUAAUUAGCUAAAGCUGAUAGUAUUUCUUUUUCUACGUCCAAGGUCAUAUUAAUUUGUUUUUUGUUAUUUAUAUAAAGUGUUAUUUGCGUCUGUAUUAUUCUCUCUCUCUCAUUCUUUUCUUUUUUUUCCCUCUCUCUUUUUGUGUGUGCUUUCCUGACAGGUUAAGGGUUACCACCUGUGCUCCAUUGGUCAUGUGAGCACUGCGUGCGCACUGAUUGGUGCAUUUCCUGCAUGCUAUUGCAUAAAAUUGCAGAGAAAUUUGCAUAAAAUUGUGCUAUACUUUCAUAUGAUAUAUAAACUAUUCAUGAUGCUUAAUUGUUUGGUUUCAAACUGUCUGUUUAUGGUUAGUUAUUGAGUCCACCCAAAUUUCAGAUUUAUAACAGCCUCUUACCCAGAGUAGUUGG